AUCUCGCGAGGUUUGUUCCAAAGGGUCAGCUGAUACAACGUCGGCAAUUGUCAGUGUGGACUCUUAGUCAAACGCAUCUCUACGGUCUGUGCUGAACAUCUGUGCUUUAUUUUACUACGGAAAUAAACUCUCGGCGCUGUACCACUGAAAGACUAAACAUUUUCCAAAGAUGGCUGAUGCAAACCAGCAAAGCCCCCCACCCCAGCUGGGGCCUUUGCCAUUUUUAAUGAGCAACAAGUUGGAAACUGCAAUGUGGCUGUCAAGACUUUUUACUGUCUACUGCUCUGUAAUGUUUAUUCUGCCAGUUUUGGGUCCCUAUGCUGCAGCAAACUUUUAUCAGAGAGCGUUGUUAGCGAAUGCCCUCACCAGUGCCCUCCGAUUGCAUCAAAGGCUUCCACGUUUCCAAUUAAGCAGAGCAUUUCUGGCUCAGGCUUUACAAGAGGACAGCUGCCACUAUUUGCUGUAUUCGCUCAUACUGGUCAACUCAUACCCUAUCACGAUGAGCAUUUUUCCAGUCUUCCUUUUCUCUCUGCUUCAUGCGUCUACCUACACAAAGAAGGUUCUUGAUUCAAUUGGUCCCAACAGUUUGAUGUUCAUCAGAAAUCUUUUGGACAAACUUACAACCAAUCAGCAGAACAUACUCAAGUUCAUUGCCUGCAAUGAGAUUUUUUUGAUGCCAGCAACUAUUUUCAUGCUCUUCAGUGGUCAGGGAAGCCUGCUUCUGCCUUUCAUUUACUACAGGUUCCUCACUCUCCGCUACACAUCCAGGAGAAACCCAUACUGUCGCACAUUGUUCACAGAGCUGCGUAUCCUUCUGGAGCACUUUAUCAUGAAACCUGCCUGUCCUGCUUUCUUCAGAAGGAUGUGUCUCAGUAGCAUUGCCUUCAUCAGCCGCCUUGCACCCACCGGGGUCUGAUUCCGUUUCAUUAAUAGGUUGGUUUUUUUUGUUGUUGUUUUGUUUUUUAUAUUUUAUUUUCACCACAUAUUAUGUGACUUAUACGGCGAUGGAAGCAGACAAUGCCAUCAACAGAAGGAGCUGUUUUCUGAAUGUCAUCUUUACAGCCUGUCCGCCAACUUCUCCAGGUAUCUUGAGUGGAGUUUUGAAAAGCAGACAGUGAUGCACUGAAGUUUCCCGGUGAUGUUCUUUUCGCUGUGUUUCCCAAUGUGACCUCAUUUAACAGCGAACACUUCUCAUCUUGUUACAAAUACUGAGCACAGUGAACAUCAACUGUGUUCUCCAUUUCCAAGAUGUUAUUACCAUUUCUUAUAAUCUCCUUAUUUAUUCGUCAAAUUAUUUUUUUUCCCUCUGGAGAAGAAAUAACAUUCUAAGUUUAGUAUCUUAAAUUAAAUAAUCAUGCUGUUCUUGGAUUUUGGAUGCAGUUUGUUCGCAGCUGCAGUCCAGUCCAAUAUCUUAAUGUCAAUUUCAUCAGGUGUUGUUAUUUAUCUUAACGCUUAACCUUGAAUAUUUCUUGUCAUUGUCCACAAACUUAUAAUUUUAACAUAUAAAAUCUACUUUUGUCUGAUAUCACGGUUUUGUAUCGAGAAACAAGAUAUCUGCUGUAUUUUAUAGAAACCUUAAGGUACCACAUAACUUCUUUGUGCACAAUGCAUGUUUCUGUCUACGAAUCUGAAAUCUGCCUGAAAUAUGACCUUGUUUCUGAGUUUAUUGUAGACUUGACUUUUCCAAAAACCUAUGCUAUGAUUUCUUUUUUUGCCAAGUGAAAUGUCUUUAAAUGCUCAAAGAAAUGUUUUUAUGAUAAAAAAAUAAUUGAUCUCUUAAUUAAACUAAUAAAACAUUAAAGUAUAGAAAUAGAGCCAUGUUGUUGCUUGUGCAUUUAGUGGGGAAAAUCAAGGUGUAUUUCUUAUUGAUGGUAUCUGCUGUUCAGUUGAUAUGUAUUUGAGAUGAAAAGUAAUCUUAGUAAGGGAUACUUAAAUAUCUUAGUUAUUAAAGGUCUCUUACCCAAAAGACGAUUUAGGUCUAAAACCAUAUAAUUUCGAGAAGCAAAGAGAAUACUGAAAUAAAUGAUGAUGAAUGUAUGUGUUCAUGGAGAAAAAUAUAUUAAAAAUAAACAAAACAAAUCCAUUGGAAAAA